GGUAUAAUACUAUCGAAGGCUGUCCUUAAUAUCUCUAAUAGUCGUAAGAACGUACCGUUAUUCUACGUCGCUAUCUCGCGUAAUAAGAAGCUAGAUAAUCUACUAUUUAAGGAUACCUUCGACUUAGAGCGGCUUACGGCCGGUAGUAGGAUUGUCGCCGAGAUGCGAGCGUACGACUAG